GAUCCUAAUCAGAUGCCCAAACCACCUCAACUGAUUCCUUUCAAUGUGGAGGAGCAGCAGCUCUACUCCGAGCUCCCCCCUAAUGACAGAGCUCCUGACCUUAUCUCUAAGGCUGAGCCCGGCCGCCCUACGAAGGAAGCUCUUUUCAGCUGCUUGUAUCCAGGAUCUCGUUCUUUUGGUCAUGAUCCACACCUCAUGAUCAGAGGUGAGGGUUGGUACAUAGACAGACCAGUAAAUCAAGAGCUUUGCCCUUUGACUCAGCUCUUUCUUCACCAUGACUGACUGAGGCAACGCCCUCAUUACUGAGGAUGAGGCUCCAAUCCAUCCAUCUGCUCUAUCCUACCAUCACUCUUGAAUAAGACAGCCAGAUACUUUAACCCCUCUAGCCAGAGAGAUCCAGCCAUAGCGACAAUAUGCCUCUAUUUUUAGUUCUGACCAAAUAUGUUGACACGCCCACAGAACAUACUCUUUCUCCAUUAUCUGUCAUUGUACCCAUGUCUCCUUCUCACCACAAUUGGUUCAUAACACUGACAGUUUGCACCUGCCCUGCAAAUGUGCUAAACAUAGACUCAAAAACAGCAACCGCAAUCAGUUUCACGUUUGAUAAAUCACAUUGCAGGUGCUAAAUGGUUAUAUUUGCAUAUCCUCCUCUGAUAACCAUCAUCUGCAUAGUGAUGAAGGCAAACACGCUGAAUAGACUGUGUUCACGUUUGCUCAUUUGACAGAUGUAAUCCUCGAUGCACCGGGUUUGUAGAUCCGCUUUGCUCGAGCUAUGAAGUUAGCAUGUUUUUAUACACGCAAACCUUCAGUAGAUCAGUGUUAGAACAAAGUUCUCAAUGUUCUCAAUGUUCUCAAGGUAAUUCCAGCAACUUUGACCUCCACCUGUAUUCUGGACGUAAUGGAAAACACCAUUCCAAGGAAAACUGAAUGUCAACUCUUUGACCAUGUUUAUCCUAUCUCUCCCACAUCAGCUCAGAAGCCCAUCUUUUCCAAUCAGGUAGCUAGAGCUAAUUUCUCCUGUAUAUCUUUCCCUACUGGACAUGCAAAAAUAAGUAAUUUGACUGCUGAAUGGUGUUCUGAGACUCUUGUUGUCAGUUCCUCUUUCAUCCCUUUGUCUAGGAGUGACAUCUGGUGGUGGGGAGGAAGUGAUCGGUUGUUUGAUAAAUUGCCAGCAGGCUCAAAAGGAUUAUUAGCUGUUGUGACUCUGUUAAUGCCAAUCUCACUCUAUCCAACUUCUGCCAGUGAACUUUUUGCUGAUUUAGGCACAGCCUUAGAGAYGACAAAUCACCACAACAGGCGCAGACGUGCUGCGCUUGAACUUCCAGGUCACAAUCCAACAUACAUUGACGCCAUCGGGGUUCCGCGGGGGGUGCCUGAUGAGUAUAAGCUUGUUAACGAAGUAGCUGCCGGGUUUGAAAGUAUUUU